AUGGCGCUACAAGUAGCUUCAAACUAUUCGUCAGUUAUAUCAAUCCCACUAGUAAAGCGCAAAUUGGCCCGAUUCCCUGAUUCUGUCCAUGCUCAGUUUAAAAUUUAUGUCGAUCUCGCCAAACAGCCAGAGGCGUUUACUUGGAUGAUGCGCAAGUAUCUUUUCGUGCAACACACGGGGGCAUGUGAAGAUGCCAUCGCAAUUAUGACAAGAAAUUUGUACACCUUGUUUUGCAUCGAAUUUCAAGGCUAUACAGAUCAAGAAUGA